CUCCAACGUUGCAGGCAGGAGCGUCACCCCCCUUCCCCCCUCCCUCCCCCCUCCCCUUGACCACGGGAGGAGGCAAUGGCGGAGCAGACGGCCGAGCGCAUCAACUCGGCACGGGAGACGCUGGACACGCUCAUGGAGAUGUCGCGGCUGCUCAACACGGGGUUGGACGCGGAGAGCCUGGCGGUGUGCGUGAGGCUGUGCGAGCAGGGAGUGAACCCCGAGGCGCUCGCCAGCGUCAUCCGGGAAUUGCGGCGCGAAGCUGAGGCACUGCGGGCCGCGGAGAACGCCGUGGGCGGGAGGCCCGGGUGAAAAUCACCGCAGCGAGAAAACCCCAGGGGGAACUUGACGGUGCCUGCUCCAUUUCACCCCCACCCGUCGAUCGCGAUGAAUCCAUGACCUCUACACACAAGACGCUGCGUGCACGUUGUGUUGCGGGUUGCUUCAAACUCCAGUCCCCUCGUGACCCACCACAGUUCCUUGUUCAGCGGUCUUCGCUGUUCAAACGCAACCCUAGGCCCUUACAUGCUGCACGAGCCCGAUAAUUGAUAAACGGUAGUCACCACGUAACGUAGAGAGCGCUUCUUAAUCGGCAUGCCUCAUUUUGAUAGGCACGACCAAAUAUCUUCUACAUAGCCUGUAACAAACUGCUAUUCGUGAGCACUUGUGAAGACUGGCACGGCACGCGAGGAGAUGGGUGGCCAGUACCAAGCCCGAUCACUUUGGCCUCCCCUGGGCUGAUAUCAUCCUGCACUAGGUACUAAUUUAAGGCUGAGUCAAACUAAAGGAGGCCCAGGAUCUUUUGAGAUAUAAUGUGGAACACAUGUAUACACACACACACUUGAGAUCUCGCUCUUAUUUUCAAUAAGUUCUAAACAGAAUGUGACGGACACGUACACACCUCUGAUUUUAGAUUGUCAGUCUCUACGUGACGUGUGACAACAAGAACGACAACAGUCGUCACUUGCCACGAAGGGACGGCUCACUGGCAGGAAGUAACACGGGACAGACCCAGGUGUUAUGGGUUAUCCGACUGAUAUGCCUAGCACCUUAACUCCCCACGCCGUUCCCGACCUGUCGUGUGACGCACAGAUCUUAAUUUGAACGGGCUCUCUUGCGCGUCACACAAUGCAUUUUCUCAGUCAUCGGGCUCCUUCGUGCAGCUCAUAACCUCUCGGAAUUUUGUUGCAACGGUGCGACACCGGUACACUUGCAAAGAAGUGCCAUGGUGAGUCGCGGGGACUGGUAGUUUCGGAGGGGUGAGGGGGGGGGGAACGCUGGACUCUGUGAUUUCCAUAGUACACUUUGAGCACAGCUUGCAUAAAUCCUGCACGUUCACUCCCUUGCACACACGGCGGCGGCAUCAGCAGCAGCAGCAGCUGUUCCAUGCCCGUGACAGCCUGGGAGGGAGUCGCCCACCUUUUGUCGUGCUGCUCUCGCUGGCAAUUUACUCCCUAACAAUGUCACCCGCGAGUACGUUCCGCGAUGGGUUUUGAUGUCGCGUGUUUGUAAAUAAAAGCCCGUUUCUACUUAC